AUGGGGCUAAACUUUGUACAAAUUGCCGAGGAAUAUGCAAGUAAAAUUGGUGAAAAAUAUAUAGUGUGUUCUUGUUGUGAUUGUAGAAAUCUAAAAAAGUUUCGUGGGAUUGACGAAAUUAAGAGUCAUUUGAUACGUCGUGGUUUUAAAGAAGGAUAUGACUCGUGGAUAUGGCAUGGUGAGAAUGUACCUUUUAGUACAGAUGAUGUCGAAUUAGAUGUAGAGAAAGAUAAACGUAAAGAAGAUACUGUUACAACUGAUGAAGACAAUGACCGGCUAGAUGAAUUGAUGCGUGAUAUGCAAGGGGAUUUGAAUGAACUGCCUCAAGAGUUUGAAACUUUUUUUGAAAAUUCUGGAAAACCUUUGUUUUCUGGAUGUAGUAAAUUUACAAAGUUAUCAUCAAUGCUUAAAUUGUAUAACUUAAAAGCAAAUAAUAGGUGGAGUGAUAAGAGUUUCACGGAGUUAUUGAAACUUUUAAAGGACAUGCUUCCUGAUGAUAAGGAGUUAUUGAAACUUUUAAAGGACAUGCUUCCUGAUGAUAACGAACUCCCUUGUUCAACUUAUGAGGCAAAGAAAAUGUUAUGUCCGUUGCCUUGUUCAACUUAUGAGGCAAAGAAAAUGUUAUGUCCGUUGAGUAUGGACAUUUAUGAGGCAAAGAAAAUGUUAUGUCCGUUGAGUAUGGACAUUGAUGAGGCAAAGAAAAUGUUAUGUCCGUUGAGUAUGGACAUUGAAAGGAUCCAUGCAUGUCCAAACGAUUGUAUUUUGUAUUGGAAACAAUACAAAGAUUUGCAUGUGUGUCCGAAGUGUGGAGCAUCGCGUUAUAAACGGAAAGGAUACGAUGAUGCAUGUGAGAAGAAGAAAGGUGCUCCUGCGAAAGUGUUGUGGUAUCUACCGGUGAUUCCAAGGUUCAAGCGUUUGUUUGCAAAUCCAAAUGAUGCAAACAAUUUGCAAUGGCAUGCUGUUGGUAGAAAAGAAGAUGGAAAAUUGAGACAUCCCUCCGAUUCUCCUCAAUGGAAGAACAUUAAUAUGAAGUUUCCUGAAUUCGGAUUCCGAAAAUCAAAAUCUUAG